AUGUCUUUCCCAGUUUACCUCAGGAACGGCGACCAAGUCAAACUCACCGAUUUUUCCAAGACCAUGUUUACUGCUCACCCAGUUGGGACUCCCGGGAUGAAGAUGCGCCCAAAGGCGAUGAGGACAAGCAAUAUCUGUACACUCGACGAUGUGAGCGACCGCCCUGUGGCGGACCCUCGUCUACUUCUUGCUGCCAUAUAUUCGGAAGUGUGCGACAUCAAUCAACUACGCGCCAAGUGCCACGUGGUGCAUAGAGACAAAAUAUCGGAUUUGUCUGGUUGGAAGAAACGCCCGGACAGGUUCUAUUUCAACAGGCUCUUUGAUCCUUAUAUCAAGAAAGAGUUUGAAGUUAUCCCGUCUCAUGAUGUUCGCAAUCUCCCGGACGAGAUUCGAGACGUACUCAUCUCGCGGUAUGAAUAUGUUGUAGCAGAGAAGGAAGUCAUCCCAGACUUGACGGAUGCCAUCCGCCUCUGCGACACUUGCCAGGAAUGGUGCUCAAGCCCAGACUCGGUCCUCUGCGACCGCUGCAAGAAAUAUUUCCACAUGCGACACGAAGAGGAAGUGGACAGUCAUGAGAUUCGUCAUCCCACUCCAGCAGCCCCCAUCAAGCUCAAGUCGAAUGCUCCUGCGGCGAGAGGGCGGGGCAGGCCACGUAAAGAUAAAUCUCUUGCUGAGAAGGAGGAAAACCUCCCCGUUAAGCAUUUCAAUAUGUGGCCGUUCAGACAGCACACCGUGGCUGAAGACACGCUUGACCCUGAAGAUCUUAUCUUCCCUCGCACGGCGUCGCGUGUUGGCCCAAAGUAUCAGGCCAACGUUCCUUCUGCCCCAGAUCCGUACAAUAUUUCUCCAGAAAUUGAAGAACGAGGAGGGGACAACACCAUCGAGGUUCUCAGCAUCCUCAACACUCUCACCGAGUCUGAAUUGGCGGAAGCUGAGGAGAUCAAGAAGCGGCUCACGAAUGACACGAACCUGCAGUCGAGCGUAGACUGGUUGACGGAGGCCAUCCGUCGACUCUCGGAGGCUGCGAUGGAUAGUACGACUUCGAUGAGCAGUGUGAAAAUGACACCAACGCGUAUUGAGAAGUGGAAGAAAAAUGAGACGGCGUACAAAGACAAAGAAUGGAGCAGGCAAGAAGAAGUCGCCUUCGAGGAUGCCAUCAUGCAGCACGGCGCUGAACUGCGCGCUGUCCGGGAUGAAGUCAGUACGCGAUCAAUCUACGAAGUCGUCCGCUUCUAUGGACACUGGAAGAACUCAAAGCUCGGCCUGGCGACUCGACGGUGGAAAGCCGCCGCUCAAUACCUCAGGCCCCGCCCCCCGCGGUACAUGACGCUCGCAGAGGCCAGUGGUGGCCAGCGCCUCGAGCCGGACGACGACUCCUCAAUCAUCGCACAGCCCUCCAAGACGCCCAGCUGUGGUGCCUGUAGGACCCGCGAGUCGAAAGUGUGGUGGAAGGCCCCCAAGGGGCUGCCGACGAACAUCCUCUGCGAUGCCUGCGGCACGAAUUGGCGGAAAUAUGCGGACCUGAACGUACGUCCGCUGAGGGAGGAGUUACUGCCUACUACGAAGAUGCGGGAGAAGAGAGAGGGGACGCCGUUGGCUGGGCCGUCCAACAAACGUGCUAGGACGAGCGUCUCCUCGGCACAGUCAACACCCCCUCCGACCAUCUCCAUCGCACCUCAGAACCGCUGCUCUGCAUGUCUGAAGACGGGUCCAGCUGGGAAGGUCCUCAAGUGCAAGAAAUGUGGUUUCCGCGUACACGGGGGAAUCUGCGGUGCUGUUGUUGAUCCAACUGCGGUUGAUUCGUGGACUUGUGAACUCUGCGAGAAUGAAGAAACAUUAGAGGCCUCACUGAAUCCAGAUUGUCUACUUUGCCCUCGGUCGGCCAAUGAGGACAAGAGGAAAAAGCCAUGGCCUCCUUCGGAUAGUUUCCUGAGGGCAUGCAAGCCGACGGAAGGCCAGGGUUGGGCGCACGUUGUCUGCGCCGUGUUCACUCCCGGGCUUGAUUUCCGCGACCCUGCUCGGCUCCGUCUAGUUGAGGGAAUAAACACGCUGUCUCGUCACAAAUGGUCAACGAAAUGCUGCCUGUGCGGAGAAAUUGAGGGCGCCGUCAUCCGAUGUAGCGAUUGCCCCAGGGAAUUUCAUGCCUCGUGUGCUUGGAAGCAGGGCCACAAGUUUGGUUUCGAGAUCCAGCCUAUUAAGAGCAGUCGGCGUGGCAUGACAAGGACGGUGCAGUUCAAGGGUGAGACUGGAUGCAUGGACGCCAUCGUUUCUUGCAAGGACCAUGACCGUAGCAAGCGGGACAUUUAUGACCUGUGCGAGACAAACGAGGGCGGCGAGACUGCGCUGGAGAUUUACUGCAAAGCUUACAAGCGAGCCCCGGUCACCCAUGGUCAUGGCCUGCUGCGUAAGGCCCGUCACCUCGACACUAUCCUGAGCAACCUCCGAAUCGAAACCUACGGCUCGACUAACCACUAUCCAACCUCUUUCGGGAACGGUCGCGAUCCCGAAUGUUAUCGCUGCCACUCACAAUUUUCACCCUUCUUUUACCCCAUCUCCGAAACCUCAGUCGUCAAUGGACACCAGGAGGGCAAGCAGACAUGGAUGUGCCACAAAUGCCAUUUCGAACUGAAUGAGACAACGACGAAUGCGAAGCCGAUGGUGGGCAUUGUGUCAUAA